AUGAAUCUAGUCCAAUUGCCUAACGAUGUAAUUUACAAGAUAUUAGAUUAUUUGCCAGGUUUUCAUUUAGGUCGAUUUUCAUCGACUUGUAUAACCUUUUAUCAGCUUAUCCAUGAUGAUUUGUUGUGGAAAGAAAAAGUUUGGAGUGAACUAACUAGAAAGCCUACGUUUGUUAAAGGAGAAAACUAUUAUACGUAUUAUAAGCGUAUUUAUAUUGGACCAAAGAGAACUUUAGAUGCCCUUUCACAAUAUCUGCCCAAUCGUCGUUUUUUCACCUGCAAUAGAGAUCAUCAAAUGCAAAUUCAUGAUUUACCUCGGCUUUCUAUGAGCUAUAGCGAUUAUGUUUUUGAUGAGACGUUAUGUUAUGAUGAAAUAGCAAGAUGGCUUAACAAGAGGAAAGAAUUUCUACGUAUUGCUGCGGAAUCUGGUUUGGAGAUAUGGGGUCAAAGAAUAAUUCAGCAAAUCUUAGCUCGAUGUGGAGAACUAAAUUUUUCUAACAAUAAACUAUCUAGUCCCUUUUAUAUUGCUAUUUUAAAUCGUCAAUUACACUUUGUACACAUGUUACUGCAAUAUCCAUGGCCAGAUAAAUUGAAUCCAUGGAUAGAGAAUCAAGAAAACAGCUGCAAUUACACACUAACAAAUGGACUAAUUAAAUGUGGGUAUCAUGGUCUACAACUACUACGCGACUACUUUAUGCUUAUUAACUUGCCUGCCGUCCAGAAAGCCGCUUUAAUUGGUGAUCGUGUGCGCUUAGAACAUUGCAUCCAGGGAAAUACCAAUCGAUUGAAUAACCCAUUCCCAUUUACAGCUCUAUUUAUGGCUAUUCUAGGUAAAAAUGUAGAUUGUAUACGAUUAUUAAUCCGUUAUAACUGCAAACCAGCCAUUCGAAAAAUUAAAGGUAUCCAAUGGCCAGUGAAUGAACUAAUACUGACGAUGAUUACAAACAAUUUAACAUGCUUUCAAAUUAUACUAGAAGAGAGUUGUGGAACAGUAUCUAUGGCUUGUAUCCGGCAAAGUAUCGCCUUCGCACUCCAACAUGGGCAUACUGAAUUUAUUGAUUACCUACUAAAUCGCCAAUAUCAAGGAAUCAUACAAGAAGAGAUUUACCUCCUAUCAAGGAGAAUUAUCUCUCAUAAAAAUGUCAAGAUUGCACACUUACUACGUUUCGCUGGAUCAUUAAGUAAAGCCCUUAUUCUAAAGUUAGUACCCCUGUUACCCUACUGUUGCCAAAGUCAAAGUUCUUAUACUGAUUUUAGUAAUUAUAAUGAUGCGGUAUCCAUGAUUACCAUUCUACAAGACGACAACCUAACUAUUGAACAAGUUGCCCAACAAACGCCAUUUUAUCAACUUAUGCAGUUUUGCAAAGCUAUAAUUAAUUAUAGUGAUAGACUGGAUGGCUAUUCUUAUAGCAUACUUUUAAAUGUUGUUGUGAAAACUAGAUCAUUUAUUACACUCUCUAAUAGCAAAUUGCAGCAAAAGUAUGACCAUGUAUGUGCGGAAUAUAUUCGCCUUAUAAUUAGUUGGGGAGCUGACGGGAUGAUAUAUCGUCGUAAUCGACUUGGUCAAACAAUGCAUGAAUUAAUCAUGCAAAGUCAAAAAGAAUGCUGGAUUAACACCUUACCUUCGGAUAAUCUAUUGGAUACCAUAUAG